UCUAGAGGGUUCAGAUAAAACGACGCUCCUAGAAGAUGUGAAAACAGGAAAACCGAAGUACUUGAGACGGCAGAGAGCUAAGAAUCAAAAUCUAUGAGAUCGUAGAAAUGGAAGGUUUUUGGAAGAGAGCGAAAUCCUUCGCGGAAGAAGCGGCUAAGAAAUCGCAGUACCUAACAGCGCCCAAUAAAAUCGCCGAUCUUGUCGCCGAAACUGCCAAGAAGUCUAAAGAACUUGCCGCCGAAGCCACCAAGAAAGCCGAUGAGCUCAAAACCGCCGAUCAUAUCCAAAUCCAAGGCAUUUCCAAGUCCAUUUCCGAUUUUACCCCUCCUCAACUCUCCUCCCUCUCCAUUACCUCUCCCGCCUCCAGUUCUUCUGAUCCUCCGCCUAUCUCCGAUUCGGAGCUCCGGAAGUUCAGAAUCACCGACGAUUUGAGAGACUUUGUCAAAGGUUUUACUCCAAGUACUUUCCAGAACUUCCCUUCCCCUGCCCAAGAUGAGCCAGAGCUGUCCGAUGCGACUACUACUGGGUCCAAUGUACGGAAGGAUCUGAGUGAAUGGCAAGAGAGGCAUGCGGCACUUAUUCUUACUACUGUCGGGGAAAUCAAGAAAUUAAGUUAUGAGAGGCAGUACAUGGAGGAAGUUAAACAGAGAAAAGUGGAGGAGACAAAAGAGGAGAAACCUGUUGUGAAGACAGAACAGGAAAGUAGUUUGAAAACUAAAACAUCGAGCUCAUCUGCUGAGCAGGAUUUGGAUACAUUUUUGUUGGGAGAUUUUGAUAGUGAUGGGGGUGGAUAUGAGCCUGAUUUUGAUGCUGAUGGGAGCUUGGAUGAUGAUUUUGACAAGAUUGAAAAUUCUGAUGUUGAAAAUGAGUAGAAAAAUGCGAGUUGCAUUAUGUAAAGACAUUGAAGUGGAAGUCUGAACUCAGCUGUCAUGAUGAGCAAAGACUGGUAGUGAUGGCAGGAGCUGUUGUAUGUUUGCUCAAUGGAAAAAGAUGCUAUUAUUUGGUGGUAUUUGUCUUUUAUUUAAAACGAGAAACAAUUGCAGGUUCUGGUAUAUCUGUUUGCCAGGGAAUGAGAUCAAGGGGAAGCUAGAAUCAUUGUAGGUCCUGUACAGAGAACUCAUUCUAUUAUUUAACUUGUAAUGCUUCUGAAUGUUGAAUUUGGUUGGGUUUUUUUUAA